AUGGGACUUCACCCUGAGGACAGAAAGAAGAGGCGAGAGCGUCGCUACAAACGACAGUUAAGGUGUGCAAUCAAAGACGCGCCGAAGAGAAGACGUAGUUCUGGCAGUCCAGAGGGGACUCAAGCCGCAACUAUGAAAAAAAAGGAGGAAGCACCUCCAAAGAAUGUGGACAAGAUUGCGGAGGAUAAACUGAAGCCAGAAUGUCAAAAAAUGGAGCAAAAGACAGCGAGGGGAUCGACAAUGGUCAUCCGAGUGGCUCAAGGUCGGACGUUUGCCGACGAUUUGGGUAAGCUUCGUAAGGAGGUUGAUCCGGACGUUAGCCACACAAAGGUCGUAGUUGCAAAGGCUACAAAAAGAGGAGACCUCCUGAUUAAAAUCAAAGGUGACUCCAAUAAAGAGGCCUUCACCGCGGAGGUUUCUGAAGCGGUGGAAGGCAUGGCCAGGAAGCAGGAAGGUGACGGUCCUUGGACCAAAUCAGAGAGCGAUGAAGCUCGCGGUUGUAAUCACCGACCCAGAGGAAGCGAAAAGGAUGCAAGAAGUGGGACGCAUAAAGUAAUGGUCACUAGGUGUCAUAGAUGCCUAGACUAUGUCCACAUAGGAAAAAAAUUUAAGGCGGCGGACAGAUCGACUGCGUGCUUCAAGUGCGGAGAAGUCGAUCAUAAGUUCGCAAACUGUAAAAGAGGCCCAAGCUGCUUUUUGUGCACUGAAAAGUUUGGCAAUAAGGUGUCAACCACCCAUAUUGCAGGCAGCGGAGGAUGCAGAGUCUUCAGGACGGCCCUUGAGGAGGCGAAGAAGACUCUUGCAAGGACCAAAAGAGAACCGCAGGAUAGGAACAAGGCCGCAGUAGCGACAGACUUGGAGCGCCGCCGCGCCGCCCUCGAAGGCUAA